GGAGGCAAAUUGUCACCGGACCUUGAUAACGAGUUUUAGAUUGAAACAUGACGAGUGAAAGUUUGUAUAUAUUGCAAUAUAGAACAGAUGCUGCUACGACCGUAGAGUAGAUUUACGAGAACCUUUUAGUCACUCCUGGUAAAAGUUUUAUAUUACAAAUUGCUCAGUGCUCAUUGUGCGCCAAACGGUAAUUGCCUCACCAAUCGCACUUGAAAGUCUUUCAUAACUUCUGAAAUAUAAGUCUCGGGUUCAGCACUCGUGUGAAAUGCUGAGCCAGCAGCCGCCCCGAGGAAAAUUUAAUAAUUGGUGCAAUCGUUGCGGUAUUUUCAGCGGAGCUUAAUGAAGUGAUUUCUGUGAACGGUGACGGAGAUUGAUAGCGUUUUCUAAACUUUUCCCGCUUGACUGCACGCGUAAAACGAAACAACUUUAUUCUUGUCACUAAACUAUCGCCGAUAAAACCAGGAGGAAAAGGAAGCAUUUGUUUUUUCAAUUUUUCACCGCCUAACCUAUUUCGGAAACGGAUUCAUUCAACGUUACAUUACGGUUAAAUAAAUCUAUUAAAAUGACUAAGUGGGUACCGACAAUGGACUUUGACGAGCAACAAUUGGAAAUGCAACCUGACUGCGAUACUACUUUCGGAUACUAUGGGCGUAAUAUCAUGGGUUUGCCCACAGCGAGUUCUAAUGGAAAUGAGGAAAUGUACGUCCCUACAGAAAACGAAGUGCUAAUGAAACCUGAAGAAUAUAAUUUAGUUCGAAAAAUCAAAUCAGAAAUACAUGGAGAUGCUAUAGUAGGACGACGACUUACCGUUGAGGAGUUGGAAGAUACCGACACACGGGAAUUAGAAAUUGUAUCGAUGAUUCGAAAAGCAGGAAUGGGCCCGAGUGUUGACGAAGGUUUAAGUAGUAGUCGGACUAUUCCAGCCAUUGAAAGCGAGGAACCCCACACCAGGCGUAACUUUCCUGUGCUUUACGACGAUAGCUAUUUCAAGUUAAGGCCUAAAAAGCCAUUAUCGAAGUCACCUUCAAGCUCGUGUGCUUCAGGGGAGUCAUCUUUUACCGAAAAUAAAAAGAUAAGUGACAUUCAAAAUAGAAGUAGUCCUGUAAAGAGUAAAACAGAAAAGAAUGUGACGCAUUCAGUAGUUAGUCAACCAGUAGAAGGACCUUCGUCACAUAAUUCUGGAAAGGUGAAGCAACGUUUGAGCCCCUCUAAAAAAGGUGAUAAAACGAAACCAUCUUCAUCCGUGGUCAUUGAUAACUGCCAACAUGGUGCUGCUCAUACUGAAGUAAACCCUACCAUACUUAAGAAAAAAUCAAAGUGUAAAAUAGCAGCGAAUUUUGAUAAAAAAAGUUUACAAUUGACACGCAAUCCGGCUAGUGAAAAUAGAAUAGAAAAAGAAAGGAAUAGUCUGAAUUUUGUCACUCCAGCCGAAUUAUAUAGAAAAAAACGAAAAAGUACUGAAAAAUCGCCCACAAAGAUUUAAAUUUUUACAUUUAUCCCAUUAAAGGUAAUAGAUUGAAUUUUUAGUCAUAAAUUGAAAGGGAGAUUGGUGGGUUUUAUGAACAUUCGUUUAUGUAAGACAUUUUUAAAGACAAAAAGCAGUUAGCGCUUUAGCUAGGAAUUCUUUAUUUUAUUCAAAGUCAAAAAACUGAAAUGAAGUAUUUACGGAGAUUUUUAGUUCAAAAGUAGGCUUGUGAAUUAAUUCAUUGCAAAAACUGACAGCUUCUUCGGUUUUUUUUUACUUUUUUUUAACUUAAUUCUUGACGAAGCAAAAUGAUGCACGCGGAUUCCCAAACUUACCUUCAAGCUGGUUGGCAUUAUAUCAUUCGAUUUCAAGGUUUUAUUAUUUAAUAAAGCAGGCAAGUGUAGUCAAUAUUUCAUAUUGCUGAGAUCUAGUCAUUCAGUCAUGUGUGCUUAUUUGUUUGUUCUAUAACAGUUUCUUAAAAAAAAACGGUGAUCUAUCUAUAAAUAAGGCAAUAAUUUUCUUAAA